AUGUCCAACAGCGUUAUCACACUUUACGAUAUCCCCGGAAAUGCCACAAAGGACAAGGCUUGGUCUCCAAACGUUUGGAAGACCAGAUACGCUCUGAACAGCAAACGUAUACCAUACAAAGUAGAAUGGGUCGAAUACCCGGACAUUAAAUCGACUUGCGAGCGCCUUGGCGUCCCUCCCUCCGAAUUUCAGCUGAAGAACGGCAAAAACGAGCCUCUGUACACCGUUCCGUUCAUCUACGAUCCCAAGACCCAGACAUAUGUAUCAGAAUCCUUUCACAUCGCACAAUACCUCGAAUCGACAUAUCCCGAUACGCCCAAACUGUUUCCAGAGGGUCCUCUCAACGGCGCGGCUGCGCUGAACCUGUUUGAGGACGUCUGGAUGGAGAAAUUCCUCACCCCCAUCCGGCCGCUGAUGAUGCUGAAAGUCCAUAACCAGCUCAAUCCUGCGUCCCAACCAUUCUUUCGUGAAACACGUGAGGCCUACCUCGGGAAGAAACUCGAGGACUUAAUGCCAGAGGAUAAGGAGAGGCAGAAGGAGAUGUGGGCUGCGGUGAAAGCUGGGCUAGGAAAGAUCGAUGGCUAUAUGAACUGGAAUGGAACGGCAACAACGUUUUGGAGGGGCGAUGUGAGGUCGUACGCGGAUUUCGUGAUGGCGGCAUGGUUGGUCUGGGUGCAAAGGAUUUGGAGGAAGGGAAGCCCAGAGUGGACGGAAUUGGCAGCGUGGCACGGUGGGAGAUGGAAUAAGCUUGUGAGCGAGUUCGAGAACUGGGAGUAUGCGGAUGAGUUGGAGAAUCAUAACCCCAAGGCAUCUGCGAUGUUGCAGUGA